UAAAGAUAAGACUGAACAACAUCUCAACUGCAGAGAAAACAGGAUAUCUGUACCUGAGAAAAUGCAGACAGAGAUACACACACAGAGAACGCACUGUGAGAAGCUUCGAUUCCUGGAUACGUAGACAAGGGAGAGGUGAUCUGCUAGAGGACUGAAGGAGAAAAGAAGAUAAGGAGAGAAGAAGAGAGGAGAGAAGAAGAGAAGAGAAGGAGAGAAAAGGACUGAAGACAGGAGAGAAGAAGAGAGUGUGUGAGGGGUGAAAGAAUGUGAGAAAUAGUUACAACCAAGACGUGUGAGGGAGAUAUAAAAGGAAGAAGUUGGAGAUACAUAAGACCAAGAAAAAGAGGGAAAUAAUGAGGGAGGGAGUGAGAGUCUGAGAUAGUGAAUGACAAGAGCAAAAUAAAGAGACUGUGAAAGAGUCAGAGCUGAAAAGUGAGGGUCUGAGAGAAGAGUAAGGAAAGUGAUCAAGACGUCUGUGGAGUGAGUGACAGAGAACAAAGGCAAGUGAGAGAAAGAGGAGUGCCACCCUAAUCCUCAGUGGGACUCAGCCAGUAGUGUGGUGCGAUGGCGUCGUUUGCUCUGGAGCUAGUGGGUGUGAUCCUGUCAGUGCUGGGCUGGAUACUGAGCAUAGUGAGCUGUGCUUUGCCCAUGUGGAGGGUCACAGCUUUCAUCGGAGCCAACAUCGUCACAGCACAGGUCUACUGGGAAGGGUUAUGGAUGAGCUGUGUGUUCCAGAGCACGGGACAGAUGCAGUGUAAGGUAUACGACUCCAUGCUGGCCUUGCCCCAGGACCUGCAGGCUGCCAGGGCUCUUACCGUGGUCACCAUCAUCCUGGGGGUCAUAGCCCUGCUCGUGGCUACCAUUGGGGCUAAGUGCACCAACUGCAUCGAGGAGGAGGGGGUGAAGGCCAAGGUGAUGGUGUCUGCCGGAGUGGCCUUUAUCCUGGCUUCGCUGACCCAGAUAGUGCCUGUGUCCUGGUCGGCUCACACCAUCAUCCAGGUGUUCUACAACCCCAUCAUCCCCUCAGCACAGAAGAUGGAGAUCGGGGCGGCCAUGUCGAUGGGCUUGGAGAUUGUGGGCAUCGCCCUGGGAGUCAUAGGAUUCAUCCUGGGCAUUGUGGUCUGUGCUUUGCCCAUGUGGAAGGUUACAGCCUUCAUCGGAGCCAACAUCAUUACAGCCCAGACCAUCUGGGAAGGGUUAUGGAUGAACUGUGUGACCCAGAGCACGGGACAGAUGCAGUGUAAGAUCUAUGACUCCAUGCUGGCCUUACCUCAGGACCUUCAGGCUGCCAGAGCCAUGACUGUCAUCGCCAUUGUCCUGGGGAUUCUAGGGGUGAUGGUCUCCAUCGUCGGAGCCAAGUGCACCAACUGCAUCGAUGACGAAUCCUCCAAAGCUAAAGUCAUGAUCAUCUCCGGAAUCUUCUUCAUCCUGGCCGGUAUCCUCGUCCUCAUCCCUGUCUCCUGGUCAGCCAACACCAUCAUCCGAGACUUCUACAACCCCCUUUUGGUCGAGGCCCAGAGGAGGGAGCUGGGAGCCUCACUCUACAUCGGCUGGGGGUCGGCGGCCCUGCUCCUUAUUGGAGGAGCCAUGCUGUGCUGCUCCUGCCCCCCCAGGGAGGAGAAGAGGUACAAGCCCCCCCGCAUGGCCUACUCCGCCCCUCGCAGCGUGAGUGGAGGCGCAGCGGGAUACGACAAGAAAGACUAUGUCUGAGAGGGAUUUCACCUGCAUGAUUGAAUGAGGGGAGAAAAGAUAGAGGGGAGAAGAAUGAUAGAGUGAUAGAGGAGAAGUAGACAGACAGACAGACAGACAGACAGACAGACAGACAGACAGACAGACAGACAGACAGACAGACAGACAGACAGACAGACAGACAGACAGACAGACAGACAGACAGACAGACAGAUAGACAGACAGACAGACAGACAGACAGACAGACAGACAGACAGAUAGACAGAUAGACAGAUAGACAGAUAGACAGAUAGAUAGAUAGAUAGAUAGACAGAUAGAUAGAUAGAUAGAUAGAUAGAUAGAUAGAUAGAUAGAUAGAUAGAUAGAUAGAUAGGAAAAACUAGGAGACAACUCCUACUGAAAAGACUCCGAUAUGAAGGGAUGUGAGUUUUAAUGUUACUGCUUAGCUUUUCCUCCACUUGAGUGUCUCUGUUCAGCGUCAUUGUUCAGCUUUAUAUGAAGUGUGGUAGAGGCUUGUGUGAAGUGUGGUAGAGGCUGUCAGACCCAGAUGCAGUACAUACAAUCCCAAAGGGGUAGGUUGACUACUGGUAAUGACUGGUUUUAUGAAAUAGUUUCAAUUCUCGUUGUUAUUCACUCAUUUCAAACUUCAGAUGAUAAACCAGAGCCCUUUUGUUUCAGCAAACCGUACAGUUGAAGGGUCUUGGUUUUCAAGGACUUGGGAGAACUGCUUCAGUUACACAGCAUGCGGGCUCAUAUUUCUACUGCAGUAUGGAGGUCCCUAUUGCGUGUGUAGUUUACUGUUGGCGAGGUGGGAUUUUCUUUCACUGAAACGUUCAGUUAAAAAGUUUCACUGUGUCUCAUUAACACAGACCAGGAAGGACCAGCACUGUUUUUACAUAGAUUAGGCAAUGAGUUUCAGUAUGUGUGUGUGUGUGUGUGUGUGUGUGUGUGUGUGUGUGUGUGUGUGUGCGUGCGUGUGUGUGUGUGCGCACAUCUUUUGCAUGUAUUUGGUUGUGAGAGAUUCUGCCUCAGGUCAUGAUAUCAUAGAUUCCUUCCUUUUCACACUUCCACUCUAUUUAGGCAUUUCCCUGUGUGUGUGUGUGUGUGUGUGUGUGUGUGUGUGUGUGUGUGUGUGUGUGUGUGUGUGUGUGUGUGUGUGUGUGUGUGUGUGUGUGUGUGUGUGUGUGUGUGUGUGUGUGUGUGUGCGCACAUCUGUGGGCGUUUGUGUGUGGUGAAAUAAUAUUUGUUUAGUAAAAAAUCAAUACAAAUAAUUAACAGCUUUUUAAUGCUGAAAAUGCUUUUUGAAUGAGACUAUGUAGAGACUAAUUAUAGUUAGGAGAGUGAUGGUAAACCAUUGUCUGAGAUGAUGUAUGGAGUCAGUCAGUCUCCUGUUUAACAAGGCAACUGUAAGAACUGUUUGGUGAGCAGGGAGUAGUACUGUGUGUGUGUGUGUGUGUGUGUGUGUGUGUGUGUGUGUGUGUGUGUGUGUGUGUGUGUGUGUGUGUGUGUGUGUGUGUGUGUGUGUGUGUGUGUGUGUGUGUGUGUGUGUGUGUGUGUGUGUGUGUGCGUGUGUGUGCGUACGUGGAUUUGUACAUAGAGGGUGAGAGACUACCUAAUAAAAGGCAUGUGUGUCUAAGGUCUUCAUUUUCAAUUGCAGGCAAGCAGUCAGGUUUACCUCGAAACGCCCAUAUAACCACAAUGGACAGCUUCAGUUGUUCAUUUGAAAUAAGUCAGCCAUUUUAGUUUUUUACAAUGACUAGUUUCAAUACUUCUUGUUUGAUGGAAUGUGUAUCUUGUAAAUUGUCUUUAUAUACGUAUAUGUUAAGACAACAAUGCUUGAAUGAUGUCGUGUUUUACAAUGGUCUGCUUGUCUCUGCAUAUUCAGCUGUCCUUUACUAUGCUUCAAUAAAUGUGAAAAUGUA